AUGUACUUGAUAGAAAUUUUCAUUGACAAAGUAACAAUAUUCGAAACCGAAGAAGAUGAAAAGAAUGCUACAAAUAAAAAAUUAAUCAUUAAAGUUAAAUUUGGUCCUAAAUUUGAAUUUAUCAUUAAAGAAAAUCAGUUAGCGUCAAAUGAUGUCAAGCAAGACGACGUGGUUGAAACUGAUACACAGGGACGAAGAAAAUGGACAAGAACAAUUAGAGUGGGUAAAUCGUAUCUUUUUCCGUCGUAUCCUGACACACUACUAAUGAUACUUAGCAAAUUUCCUCUUGAAAUUGAAGUUUGGAAUGACGAUGAUACCGAGGUUAACAUAUUUGUUGGUGUAGGUAAUAUGCACUGGCAAACAGAAUUUUUCCACAUGCUUAAAGAUACCUCCGAUAUUUGCAAAAUUCAUCAGCCUUUGUCAAUAAAAGAAAAUACGCCUUUGAUGGCAGAGUGCUGCUGCAAGCAAGCCGGUGAAAUCUCUUUUAUUCUCAGAGUUAGUGCUUUAGGUAAUAGCAUAAUUACAGAAUUUCAACAACUGAUGCAGAACCCUGAUUCGUUUGUAUUUAGAACAGAUAAAGCUCCGAGUAUGUUUGAAUGUAAAAGAGUUGAGGGCGAUAAUCCUAAUUUCUGCAUGGUGGGUAGUCUUUAUGAGACAACUACUCUCGAAGAUCCUGAAAUUUUAAAAAAUGCAAAUCAGAAGAUAGAAAUUUGUACACAUCUACAGAGUUGUGGAACGAAAGAACCGGGAGUGGAUUAUACUUGUGGACAUACGGCUACUGUUGAAGAAGAACGUCAGAAAAAGUCAUAUCCAAUAGAUAAGAUCCGCAUGGGAGAUAUAAGAGGGCCAUGUGGUAAUACUAAUUGUCCUCUAGCUCAUAAAGUAAAAAUGUAUAUAAGGAAUUUAGAAAGCUAUAAGCGUGAAGCUGGGGAGUUGAGUUACAAGAAGGAAAAUAUUACUCGAAAGAUAUGUGGUGCGUGUGAUUGUAAAGAUGAUCGAUGGCAUAGAGAGGAUUGUCCAGUAAAGCAGAAUACUAAUGAAAUAAAUUUCAGUCUUAGUAAAGCAGAAUGCCCCGGGUGCAGCGGCCUUACCACUGCAGGAGAGACGUGUGAGGACAAAAAACAAAAGUUUUUUGGCACCGGUGCAACUCCAAAAAGUAGUAAAACUCAGGUCAAUUAUGUGUUUAGUACAGUAAAAUUUCAGAAUAACAAAAAUGGUGAUGUAGGAAAUAAUUUUACUGUUAUGAAUUCAACGGUAAAACACAAUUUCCAGACUGGGUCCAAUAAGAAAAGCCCGUGUUUUCAUGUAUUUCCUUCUAACAGUGAAAGAAUAAACCUACCCAUGGAUGUGGACAAUUCACUGGUUAAUGAUAAACGUUCAGCAACUAUCGCAGGCUUGAGAUAUAUGUUAGAAACAGACGUUGAGGAUAAAGAUUCUAAAAGAAACAUACCAGUAUACAAUUGUGUUGUGGUACGUGAUGAUAAAGAUUGCAGUUGCAAUACGCCAAAACCGACGCCCCCGUGUAAGACUUUUGAUUGUGAAUGCGUUACUGAAAUGGCCGACGAACAAUCUAGAAAACUCCAUAAACCUUAUUGCCCUUCAUACAUACAUAAGGACAACUGUCCCGUUACAAUGGUAAAUGAAGAAGAGACAGUAAAAGAAGACGAAGAAGAUGAAGUUGAGCCUUUACCCUAUGGCCUACCUCCAAUAACUUUAGGCCCGUGUCCAGUAAUGGGUAGACCAUGUAGCGUUCCCGAUGGUUUUGCUAGAAUGUAUAAGAAUGCCGUUUUACCAACUUUACCACCUAGCUACAGUGAUGCUGGUAAAGUUUGCUGUUCCAAAGAGUAUGAAAGAAUAAAGAAAGCUUUGCAAGAAUAUAUGAAAUUCGAAAAGGACCAUGAUUUUAGAUGUGUAAACAAAUUCAACGUAGAUACUGAGAGACGAUGUUGCGAUAAAGAACAACGGUUAUUGUCUCUUAUGGGUAAAGGAUGCUGCGGAGAGCAUAAAUUGGCAAUACAAGAAAAAUUCAAAGAAGAUAAGAAAUGA